UCUUCUGCUCUCUCCCUUCAUCCUCGCCUUCCUCUUAACUCAGACAUUUAAUCAAACACUUGAUAUACAAUAACUUCAUUUCCACUCGCUCCCUCUCUUUUUGUCUCUGCUUUUUUCCUGUGUCUCCCAUCGCUGCUUUAUUUUCUUUUUCCUCAGAGAAAUAAUGCCUACAGAAUCCACCACCCAUGGAGACUCACUGGACGGCUCUGAUCAAGCCUCUGAUUUUCCUCGAGAUCCGCGUGAUCUCCCAUCUUUAAUGCUGUCUUCUUCUUAUCCAAUUACUCUCAGGUUCGUUGACGUGUGUUAUUGGUUUAAAAUUGAGAAGACGCAGAAAGGAGGCAGCAGUAAUAUCAGAAGGAUUUUUGGUCAUGGAGCUAAUCAUGAUUCUAAUCAAACACCGAUGGCUACGAUUAAAGAACGAACGAUCUUGAAUGGGAUCACUGGCAUGGUUUCCCCUGGAGAAAUCUUGGCCAUUCUUGGUCCAUCUGGUAGUGGCAAAUCAACGCUCCUCAAUGCACUUGCAGGUAGACUCCAAGGACAUGGCCUCACUGGAACUAUACUAGCCAACAACAAAAAGCUGUGCAAACAUACAUUGAAACGCACCGGUUUUGUUACUCAGGAUGAUGUCCUCUACCCUCACCUCACGGUCCGUGAAACCCUAAUAUUCUGCUCUUUACUUCGCUUGCCAAAAUCUCUCUCCAAGAAAGAGAAGACCACGGUGGCUGAGUCUGUGAUUUCCGAGUUGGGUUUAACGAAAUGCGAGAACACAAUCAUCGGAAACAGUUUUGUACGUGGGGUCUCCGGUGGGGAAAGAAAGAGAGUAAGUAUAGCUCAUGAGAUGCUCAUAAACCCUAGUUUGCUCAUUCUUGAUGAACCCACGUCGGGUUUGGACUCGACAGCAGCUCACCGCCUGAUCAUGACACUGGUUUCGCUGGCGCAAAAGGGAAAAACAAUCAUUACUUCCAUACAUCAGCCUUCUAGCCGAGUUUACCAGAUGUUUAACUCAGUGUUGGUGUUGAGCGAGGGCAGGUGUUUGUAUUUUGGGAAAGGAAGUGAGUCGAUGGCUUAUUUUGAGUCGGUUGGGUUCUCGCCGUCUUUCCCCAUGAAUCCUGCUGAUUUUCUCCUUGAUCUCGCUAAUGGUGUUUGCCAACUUGAUGGUGUAAGCGAAAAAGAUAAGCCAAACAUAAAGCAAUCCUUAAUUUCCUCUUACAACAGUGUCUUAGCUCCAAAGGUAAAAGCUGCCUGCAUGGAGACAACCAUAACUUCAAUAAAGGACACAAGUUUAAGUGGAAGCCAUUCUUCCAAAGGAAGAAGAUGCUGCAACACAAUUGGCUUUGCCACUUGGUUCAACCAAUUCAGCAUUCUUCUUCAAAGAAGCCUCAAAGAACGAAAACACGAAUCGUUCAAUACUCUCAGAGUUUUCCAAGUAAUCACAGCUGCAUUGUUAGCUGGUCUAAUGUGGUGGCACUCGGAUUUUCGAGACAUUCAAGAUCGAUUAGGUCUACUUUUCUUCAUGUCAAUCUUCUGGGGAGUUUUCCCUUCUUUUAACUCGGUAUUUGUUUUUCCACAAGAAAGAGUUAUCUUCAUGAAGGAAAAAGCCUCUGGUAUGUACACUCUUUCUUCUUAUUUCAUGUCGCGAAUCGUCGGCGACAUACCAAUGGAGCUAAUUCUCCCCACUAUUUUCCUCACCAUGGCUUAUUGGAUGGCUGGACUAAAACCAGAACUGGGUUCUUUUCUCUUGACUCUUCUCGUUCUGCUCGGUUAUGUGCUCGUCUCGCAAGGGCUUGGCCUCGCGUUAGGCGCAUUUAUAAUGGAUGCUAAGCAAGCUUCAACAAUAGUAACAGUAACAAUGCUUGCAUUUGUUCUAACAGGAGGAUUUUAUGUGCAUAAAGUCCCAUCUUGCAUGGCUUGGAUCAAGUACAUUUCAACUACAUAUUACAGCUAUAGGCUGCUUAUCAAUGUCCAAUAUGGUGAUGGAAAAGAACUUGCCUCAUUGUUGGGCUGCAGCCGCCAUGGAAUCAGUGAAAAUGCAAGCUGCAAGUUCCUGGAAGAAGAUGUUGGAGGGGAAAUUAGCCCUGGAAUCUGUGUCAGUGUCUUACUAUUGAUGUUUGUGGGGUAUAGAUUAUUGGCUUACCUUGCAUUGAGGAGGAUCAAAGCUUGAACAACCAAAAAGGUGGUUGUUUUUCUAACAGUGAUUCUUGAAGUGUAGAAGGUGCUGGUUUGAAUCAAUGAGCUGCUUUGUUUGUAGUUGGAGAAAUGGAUUCACACACACUAACUGUAUAUGAUUAAGAUGAAGAGAAAAUUCAAUAUGUGAGAGAAGUUUGCGGCUAGUAAAUGUAAAAGAUGGAGCCAGCAAGCAAAGCUAAGUCAUUUGUAUUUGUACUUUGUUAUAUUUAAUUAUUUCUUACUGAAACUUUCAAUUCAACACACUUAUUGUUCA